AGUGGGGUUAAAGUCAGGACUACACUCAAUAGCGAAUGAGAAGGGGUUUUAAGGUCUAAAGGGGAAAUAGCUGGGCCUUCUCUUAAUUGCCCCCCUCGAUGCCGGGCAGUUCGGAUCUUGCCCCUGCCCUUUCUACCACUUCCUCGGGGGCCUCUUCGGUGUCAGGGCAGCACCGGAGGCCUCGGGGAUCAUCAGGGAGGAGGAGAGACCGUCGCCAGAAGAGGAAGCGGAGGGCCAGGGAGGAGGAUAUCCUUGGUGCAUCAGUAGUAGGCCUGGGGUUAGAUGCCGGCGGGGGAGAACCCCAGGUUGCUUCCGGGGGUAUGAAGCGAGACAGGGAUCGAAGGGACAGGAAAAAGCGGCGGCGGGACCGGAGCAAAAGGAGCGUGUUGAAGAAGGAUGGGACCGUCGCCACGACAGUGGAGUAUGACGAUGUGAGCUCUCUGUCCGAAGGGGUACUGUCCGAGGGCGAGCACAGACCGGAUACGCUGGCUCCGGCCUUAAGACUGGGCCUUGUCCCAUCCCCGGCCUCUGAUAGAUGCCCCUCGCCGACUACGCUGCACCAGACGCCGCUUGCCUUGCUACGGCAGUCCGGGGACUCAGAGCGGAGUAGUAGGAGGAAGCGAGACUCUCGCAGGGGGGAAUCGGGUCACCGCCGUAGGGAUGAGAGCCGAAGAGAAAGCCGCACUGAGGAGCGCAAAAGCGUAGGGGUUGGAGACCUGGCCGCUCCGACACCCUUAAUGCUGUCACCGCCCUGGAGGCCUCAGGCCGAGGCUGGAAAGAGAACGGAACCUAGGCCCGCGGGUUCAUACAGGCCCAAGAGAGAAGAGCCAGUGGCCUACAGCAAGCAACCGCCUAAGGCCUACAGAGAGGAAAGGUCCUACCGGGCCUCCUCACCGAGCAACCACCGCAGGAAAUCCAUCAGCCCUGUCCGCUCCCCUAGCCCCGGCUACAGCGGACACCGCCAGGGUCGGCGAUCUCCCAGCUAUGGUACCUACGACAGGACCGAGGCCGCCUCCCCUAUGUCCCGGCGGAGAUCUCGGAGCCCGUACAGUCCUGCUGGCAGGCGGAAUGUGAGGUCACGUAGCAGGAGUCCUUACAAGCCACGGCGUUCUCGGUCUCGAAGCAGACAUAAAAUUUCCAACUCAAGAAGCCGACACUCAAGUAUCUCUCCUAGCACCUUGACGCUGAAGAGCAGUUUAGCAGCAGAGCUAAACAAAAACAAGAAGGCCAGGGAAGCGGUGGCUGCUAGAGCCCUAGCCAAAGCUUCCAGCACUUCCACUCCCACCAAGACUCACGUGGAGGCUGGCAGCAGCAGUGCACCACAGGCAAACCAUGCCAAGGAACAAAAGAAAGCAAAAACGGACAUUGCACCCUCCCUAAAGAGCGAGAAACCUAAAGUUAAGCCAGUGACCCAAGAGUCGAAAGGGGAAAACAACCUUUCUGAAGAUAAAACCUCCAAGCCAUCAGUGAAAGUAAAUAAAGUGGAUGCUGCAGGGGAUGAAACAUCUGCUGAGAAGGAUAAAGUACUUAAAAAAAGUACUACUACUACCAGUGAGAAGGUUAAGACUUCAGGGGCACCAUCUUCAGCAAUGUCAUCACUACCUCUUCCCCCAUCUCUUACCAGUAAUGCUGACAGUUUGCGUGGCUGUAUCCCAGGAAAAUCGGUCAAGAAAGAAAUGGAAAGGAAGCUUCGGCAUUUGUUGUCUGAUUUGCCCCUGCCUCCUGUCCACACUGGAAGCGAUGACUUGUUGGAUAGUCCUGAUGGGAAGAAGGCAUCAUCAAAAAGCAAGAGAAGGCCUAAGAUAUGUGGUCCACGCUGCGGUGAAACACACGAGAAUGAAAUCGACUGGGGAAAGCGUUGUGUGGACAAGUUUGACAUCAUUGGAAUCAUUGGCGAAGGCACAUAUGGACAGGUCUACAAAGCCAGGGAUAAAGAUACAGGAGAAAUGGUGGCUUUAAAGAAAGUACGAUUGGACAAUGAAAAAGAGGGCUUUCCGAUCACAGCCAUUCGAGAAAUAAAGAUCCUUCGACAACUUAACCAUCAGAGCAUAAUUAAUAUGAAAGAGAUUGUCACUGAUAAAGAAGAUGCUUUGGACUUCAAGAAAGAUAAAGGGGCAUUUUACCUUGUCUUUGAAUACAUGGACCAUGACUUGAUGGGACUCCUGGAAUCAGGGCUAGUGCACUUCAACGAAUAUCACAUAAAGUCCUUCAUGAGGCAACUUAUGGAAGGUUUGGACUACUGUCACAAGAAGAACUUUUUGCACAGGGAUAUUAAGUGCUCCAACAUUCUACUUAAUAAUAGGGGGCAGAUCAAGCUUGCGGAUUUUGGACUUGCAAGACUUUACAGCUCAGAGGAAAGUCGGCCAUACACCAACAAGGUCAUAACUCUGUGGUACCGACCUCCUGAGCUGCUUCUUGGAGAAGAGAGGUACACCCCUGCAAUAGAUGUCUGGAGUUGUGGGUGCAUCCUCGGUGAGCUGUUUACUAAGAAACCAAUCUUCCAGGCAAAUCAGGAGCUUGCUCAACUUGAACUGAUAAGCCGUAUGUGUGGAAGUCCCUGUCCAGCCGUAUGGCCAGAUGUAAUAAAGCUACCAUACUUCAACACUAUGAAGCCAAAGAAGCAAUAUCGGCGGAAAAUCAGAGAAGAGUUUGCUUUCGUCCCUACUCCUGGGUUAGAUCUGUUUGACCACAUGUUGGCACUGGACCCUAGCAAACGCUGUACUGCAGAACAAGCCUUACAGUGUGAAUUUCUGCGGGAAGUGGACCCAACUAAGAUGCCACCGCCAGAUCUCCCUCUUUGGCAGGAUUGCCACGAGCUAUGGAGUAAGAAACGCAGAAGGCAAAAGCAAAUGGGGAUGAGUGAUGAUGCAACAGCACCAAAAGUACCUCGGAAAGAUCUGUCUUUGGGUAUGGAUGACAGCAGAAAUAACACCCCCCAAGGAAUGCAGACCUCUUCACAGUUAAAAACUCAGGGAUUCUCCGGGCUUGGAUUAGGCAACCCAGGUACAGGCCCUCAGCUGAACCAGAACGAGGUGGCCAUCUUGUUGAAUCUACUACAAUCUCAAGCUAAUGUCAACAUGGCUCACUUUGCACAGUCUUUAAACAUCAAGUUAAAUCCUGAAGCACAGCAGCAGUUGAACAGCAUAACUUUGACCGGUGGAGUAUCCGCCACGGGAGACAAGCAGCCCGGGCAAAAAGAGGAACCGCAUCCUCCCGUCCCAGCAGCACAGCCUGAGACUCCUGCUCAUCCUCAGAUACCUGGUUUGAAAGCAGACCUUUCUCAGCCAGCUGUGCAGAGUGCUCUUGCUCUUAUACUGUCUCAGUUGGUCAAGGAGAAGGAGACUAAACCCAACGAUGACGCUCCUGAAGAGGAGGCAGGGGAGAAGUCGAAUAAUAAGAUAUUACCACCCAAGCGUCCUCCAAGUCCCUUACCAAAAGAUGAAAAUGACACUGAAGGCAAUCAUAACCAGCACCUACAAAACCCUUCUCCAAAGCCAACGCUUCCUCAAAUACUGCCGCCAGACCAGCGCCCCCCAGAGCCGCCAGAACCCCCUCCAGCAUCGGAAGAAGAUCUCGACUACAGGACAGAGCGACCACAUGCACAUAGCUCCAGCUUGUCUGCUGGUGAAAAACACGCAGCGGUGGAAACUGCACUGCUUAAUCUCCUUGCUCAGCAGCAAACUCGGGGAGAAGAUCCUGGUGGUAGUGGUUUCCCUGUGGGAACGUCCUUUGCCAAGGCAGCUGAGUGCACUGAAAAAAUUGGAUCAUCCUUUCUCCCAUCCUCAUUUAACAGUGAUAGGGCUGGUAAUAUACCAAGUAGUAUUUUGGAAAGGCAUCCUGAAACCAAGCCUGCUGACAACUACAGUACCCCUUCAUCUCAAAUUAGUAAUAGGCUGCCAGCACCCACUGGGUUUUCAGAGCCUUUCUGUAACUCUGCCACAGCAUACCAGGAUAACUUCCUUGGUUCAGGUUCAGUGUUGUUCAGUGGUGACAAGGACCACAGGUUUGAAUACAACCGCAGCCCUACGAUUCUUCUCAGAAAUAACGAUGCCCCUACAGGACUGGACAGUAGUCAUGCAUUGCCAACAAAAAUUCAUAACUUUAGCUACAGCACUAACCUACCAGAACAUCCUGGUCUACCUGCUCAUAUGCAUGGGCAUGCCUGGACAUCCCCUCUACAAGGACCUACCUUCCCUCAAGGACAUAGGGGUCAUAUUGGAACAUAUGUCCGAGGCCGAGGUAGGGGCUUACCGUACUGAGUUCUGAUUUUCUCCCUCAGGCAAAAUAUUUCUAUCUGGAAAGACUUUCUACUUUACGACGUAGCUGCAUUUUCUAGCAGCCAACUAUGAGAGAGCAACAAUAAUUUGACAGCUUUAUUUUUUAUCUGAAAAUGGUCUUGCAAUAUAACGGUAAAUUAAGGGUAGGGGAUGUAACUCCAAUACUUUCUGUGUUUUCAGAACUAGAGAAAAACUAAUUUUCACAUUGACGUACUAAAAAAAAUCUUUAUUUUGUACUUUACCUUUUGAAUAAUAAUUUCAAGGGCAUCCUCUGGUUUACGUUUCCCUGGCACUUGCAAGAAUUUUGAAGAACUAGCACAUUUGUGCACGAUUUUUGUACAUUCGGACCAAUGUUUAUGGGGAAAAAGUUGGGCUGUUUGGUAUCAGUUACUUUGUUAAAAAUGGGAGGGAGAAAACCUACCUUUUAGUCAAAGGCCACUGUCUGUUCUUACACUGUUUUCAGUGUCAUUGUGGAAGAUGUACCUUGUCCUCAUUUCAGGAAAAAAAACCCAAUCUAUUUUUUUUUUUUUUCUUGUGCUUCAAACGUUUUAUCAACUGUUUCUUUUAAGCAUAAGGAAAUAAAUGUUGAUCAAAAUGCUCUC